AUGGCGGCCCUCAUCGAAGCGGAGCUGGACAGGCAGGGGCAGGAGCAGCAGCGGGCUCAAGACCGGCGGCGCGCGACGCGGGCCUCUGAUGUGGAGCGCGCCGUCCAGGCCGCGCGGGCCGCCGGCGGGCCCCACAGCGCGGGCGGCGGCGCGCUCGGCCUGCUCGAGGCCGCGCGGGCCAAAAUCCAGGCGUCGCUCGGCUGCAGCGCCGACGGGUCGCCGGACUCGCUCUCCUCGGCCGACCUCACCUUGCCGGAGCACGCGCCGCCGCGCGGCCGCGCGCGGCGGCUGGGCAUGCUUUGGGGGUUGGCCGGCGGACCCGGCCUGUCCGCGGUCAGCGAAGGCAGCAGCGGCCGGCCCGGCGCGGCCCCCGUGGAGCCCCUGCGCCGCCCCUCUGCCGCCGCCGCCGGCCCGCCAGCCGCGCCGCACCCCGCCGGCGGCGGUGACGCGCCCGCGGAUAGCGCCGCCGCCGGCCCGAGCCUGGGGGCAGCGAGGGCGCUGUUAGGAGAGGCCGUGCUGCCGCGCAGCGCGGCGCCGCAUGCCGAGCGCGACCGUCGGAUCCUGCUAAUGCAGGCGGCGCUCUUCCUGUUGGCCCUCGCAAACCGCGCGCCCGCGAGCGGCCCCGCCGGUGCGCCCUCCGCCGCCCCCGCGGGGCUGCGCCCUGCCCUGGCUUGCCUGGCGGCGGCGGCGCUGGCGCUGGCGCUGCUGCUGCUGCUGACGGCGGCGCGGCUCGCGCGCGGAUGGGCCUCGCGGCGGCGACGUGGGGUCGCCGGCGGCGCCGCCGCUGCCGGCGCCGUCCCGGCCGCCCGCUCUCACAGCCUCUGCGCGUGCCAGGGCUCCUCACAGCAGCGCGCCACUCUGGCGCACCCUCCGAACUGA